AUGGAAUAAUAGCACAAAGGUAUAAAGUUUUGUUGUUAUUUGAGGAAAUACUGAACCUGGAGAUAUCAAUUCCAAUUCUCAGCAAUGUUAUAGCACAAACACUCUUUUUUUAAAUAAUGUUGGAUUGAGUACAAAUAUUUCAUCAAGCACAUUGAGACACACCUCUCCAUAAAUAUCUUUCCCUAAAGCAAAUAGAUUUAAUACUCAAUCUUUAUUGUAACUAACUACAAAAUUGGAAUUACCUUCAUAAUUGGGAAAAAGGUAAUGAAUUUUUCAUUAUACAAUAGAUUUACGUAAUAAGGGUUUGGUAAUAAAAUAGUAUUUUAAUAUGAAUGGUAGAAGGUUAAUGCUAAAGAAUUGCCUAGUUCAGAUAGAUAUUAAGUUCGCUAAGAACCAGGUGAUGAUAAAUUAAAAAAAACCUUUGGUUUAUCGUGGGAAGCUUACUCAAAAACAUAUUUACCAUAUAAUAAACAUUAAUCUCCUGAAGUAGCAAGAUACUUACCAGGUAUCUUAUGAGUUUAUUGUAGGACCUGGAGAGUACACUGUACGUUAAGAUUUAGGUUAGCACAGAUAUUAAUUUCAAUUAAAAGGAAAAGGGAAAAUGUUUAAUGAUCAAAGAGAAAACGGUAUACCUGGACCUGAGGCAUAUCAACCUUAAAUCUGUUUGACAGUUCCAAAUCGAUUUUCUGUAUAUUUUAUCCUCACACUUAGAAAAUCUCUCAAGGGAUUGGAGAGAAGAAAAAUCCCUUUUAAUCUUUUAGUUUUGCUCCAGGACCUGGGAGGUAUGAGACAAAUUCUGGAUUCGAUAAAGCAAGCAAAAAAAGAGAAUUUAUAACCAAACCUGGGGAGAGAAGACCUUUUAUUUGA